AUGAAAGGAAGCAAAUCAAGCGGUGCUACGAGGAAAGCCGAUACCAAGUUGGCUGUAAAGAAGACUGCAGCCAAGGGGAAAGCAGCUAAGGAUCCCAAUAAACCCAAGAGACCCGCUAGCGCCUUCUUUGUGUUCAUGGAGGACUUUAGAAAGCAGUUCAAAGAAGAUCACCCUGACAACAAAUCUGUUGCUGCUGUUGGUAAAGCUGGUGGGGCAAAAUGGAAGUUAAAACUAUACUAGUGCUCUCUUUCCUUGGUUUUCAUACUUAUUAUUAUGAUCCAGUUUCACUGAGCAUGGUCGAACAAGCUGCAAAGCCACUUGCAAGGCCUGUAAGAGUAAGGCCCUGUUUUGUUUCUUGUCAUU